UCAGCUGAAUGUCUCCUGUGCUGAUUGGCGCGUUUCUUGAUUGUCACGCGUACCGUCCAUUUGCUGCGGCCGUAGUUACUGGGCUUUAACAUCACCUGGUGAUAAAUUAUAAGCAGUUCGAGGUUAAUUAAACCGACUGAAGUGGAAGAGGGACUCUUAAGGAUGUCCCGAGAACAACUGGUUGUACAGCGGGCCAGGAAGUCCUUCCAGACAGGGAAAACCAAACUUCUCGAGCACAGGAUCCACCAUCUGAGGAACUUGCUGCGCUUCGUUACCGAGAGGCGGAAGGAUAUUGCGGAGUCUGUAAAAAAGGACCUCGGCAAGAGUGAACAUGGGACAGAACUGUUUGAGACACUGGGACUGGAGGGUGAGAUCAAGCUGGCCAUCGAUAAGCUGGCAGAGUGGGCAGCUCCUCGGCCAGUGGAGAAGAGCCUCCUGACUAUAUCAGAUGAGGUGUUUGUGCAUCCUGAGCCCCUUGGAGUAGUCCUCAUCAUUGGUGCUUGGAACUAUCCCUGGGCUGUCACCCUGCAGCCACUGGUCGGAGCUAUCGCUGCCGGUAAUGCAGCAGUAAUAAAACCAUCUGAGGUCAGCUGUCACUCUGCUAAGGUCAUGGAGGAGCUUCUCCCUCAGUAUUUAGACAAGGAUCUGUACCCAGUAGUGACAGGUGGUGUGCCAGAAACCCAGGAGCUGCUGAAGCAGAGAUUUGACCAUGUCUUCUACACAGGCAGCAGCACAGUGGGCAAACUGGUGAUGGAAGCUGCAGCUCGCAACCUCACCCCUGUGACCCUGGAGCUGGGAGGGAAGAGCCCCUGCUACAUCGACAAGAACUGUGACAUCACUGUUGCAUGCCGUCGCAUCACAUGGGGAAAGUUUGUCAACUGUGGUCAGACGUGUAUUGCUCCAGACUACAUCCUGUGUGAACCUUCCAUCCGGAGCAGAGUACUGGAGGAGAUCAAGAACUGCAUCAAGGAGUUUUACACAGAUGAUCCAAAGACUUUUCAGGACUAUGGACGCAUCAUCAACAAGCAGCAUUUUAAGAGAAUCAUGGCGCUCAUGGAGGGGAGCGCAGUUGCUAUUGGUGGAGACUCCGAUGAAUCCCAGUGCUAUAUAGCUCCCACUGUGCUGAAGGAUGUUACAGGUGAAUCCAAAGUGAUGAAGGAGGAGAUCUUUGGGCCACUGCUGCCUAUCAUCACAGUGAGCGGUGUGGAGGAGGCCAUCCAGUUUAUUAACGAGAGAGAGAAGGCGCUGGUUAUCUAUGUCUUCUCCCAUGACAACAAGCUUAUCAAAAGAGUAAUAGCUGAGACAUCCAGUGGAGCUCUGCUGGCUAAUGACUGUCUGGUCCACUUCACUGUCAGCUCUCUUCCCUUUGGAGGAGUUGGUAACAGUGGUAUGGGCUGCUACCAUGGUCGCUACAGCUUUGACCAGCUCAGCCACUUGCGCAGCUGCCUAAUCAAGCAGCUGAAGCUGGAAGGCGUGAACAGCAUGCGUUACCCCCCGCACACUGCCAAGAAACUGUCCUGGGCCCGGUUCUUUCUGCUCAAGCAGAUCAAUUUGGGCAGGCUGCGUCGCAUGAUGCUGCUGACCAUGGUGAUGGGUUUGGCAGCAUUUGUGGUGCAGAGGUUCCUGCGAUGAAGCUCAGCAGCAGCCCGUUAGACUGAAGCUGGACAGGUGCAGGUGAUCCUGGGACAGCCCCAUGGACUAAUGACCUACAGAGAAACACAGCAUUCCUCAUGUUUUAUGGUCCAUAUUACUUCACAAUCAACUGACUGACUUUUAA